AUGCGAGUAUCAAUUGCAAAAUCUGGAAAAAAUGUUGAGAACGGCGAGCUGGCGCUGAAGACGAGGAGUCCCUGGAGUUAUGUCUGGCAGAGGAAAUCCAGGCCUGUGCUGAGGCUGGCUAGAGGCGUCUCUCUAACGGCGCGCGAAUGCAGCAGUCCACCCCAUCUGGAAGUCAGCAGAGGCCAAUGGCCCUUGGGCAAGGGCCUGUUCAAUAAAGGCAAAGAAGCUGAAAGCCCGAGCGGUAACGAGAUCAAGGGAUCAAUGAAGCCUCUGGGACAGAAAGAGCAACGGACAAGAGCAUGCACUAGUGACAAAGAGUAG